GUUAAAAAUAUUUUGAAUCGAUUACGUAAAGAAGUGGUACCUACUGAAGAAUUAAUUCGAACUACGAAGAUUGGAAUUUCAGUUGGAAAACAAAGACAAAAUCCUGAUCAUGAGAUAUCUAAAUUAGCCAAAUUGAUUGUAAACGAAUGGAAGAAUGGAGUGAAGAAAGAACCUAAUCAUCCUACACAUUCGAGUACUCCUACUCAUCUUGCCAGUGGAAGUCAACCCCAAAAAAGUUUUACUAAACGUACUGGACCAAGAAGUUCGAAAACCGAAACUCAUUUGAAAUUCGAAUCUUUACAAGAUAAAGUUAGAGAUGGAAGUAUGAAAUCCGUCUUUGAUGCAUUAAUCUUUGAUUCAGAUGCUCCUGCUGAUUUAGUUUAUGAAAGAGCUAAAUCGAUCGAAUCAGAAGUCAAUCGAACAAACGAUUCAAACGGAUACAAAAACAAGAUGAGAAGUUUAAUUUUUAAUUUAAAAGACAAAAACAAUCCAGGUUUAAGAGAAGCUGUGGUAAGUGGAGAGAUCAGUUCGAUGAAGUUAUGUAGUAUGGGACCAGCUGAUAUGGCAAGUGAAGAAAGGAAAGCUCAGGAUCGGAAAUUGGCUGAAGAGAAUUUGUUUAAAGCUAGAGGUGCUGGACCUCAACAAGCUGAAACGGACGCGUUUAGGUGUGGUAGAUGUGGUCAAAGGAAAUGUACUUAUUAUCAAAUGCAAACUAGAUCGGCUGAUGAACCUAUGACUGUAAGUUUUGAGUUCUUUUUUUACAUGACAUCUUUUUUUGGAUAUUAUAUUGACUGA